AUGUGUUUGAAAACGAUAGUAUUUUGUUUAUUAGUGAUAUUGUUUGUAGAGUUUGUUUGUUUUGUAGAAGCUCUGGAUGAUAACGGUGAAGGAGUAUGCGUUGUAAAGCUCAGUACUCGACAACGACGAAAAAAACCGUACAAUGUAGCCAUAAAUAAGUGGUGUGGACGGAAAAAGUGUGUCGUCAGGAAAUAUAGAUUUGAGACAUAUUUAACCUGGACGAACCACACGGUAUGCUGCAACGGCUGGCAACACGACGCUGAGCUUGACAAAUGCGCGCCAAUCUGCAGUACCGGCUGCCACGGCGGCCGCUGCGUCUCCCCCGACCAGUGCCAGUGUGACUCCCCCAACUACAUCGACCCCGAGCGACCGAACACCUGCAUCACCCCUGUCUGCGAACCAACCUGCUACAAUGCCGACUGCCGUGACAACAACACUUGCAUUUGCAAACAAGACUACACAUCCUACAACGCCACACAUUGCUUCAAAUGUGACCCAGGUUACACUGCAGAUGAGAACCUCAACUGUGUGCCUAUAUGUGACAACCUUUGCGUCAACUCCACCUGCACCGCUCCUAAUACUUGCACCUGUUCCGAAGGCUACCGACAUAAGAACCUCUCCAUUUGUGAACCGAUUUGCGAUUGUGUGAACGCGGAUUGUAUCGGACCUAACCAGUGUUCCUGUUUCAAAGGCUAUACGCCUGUCAAUAAAACGACAUGUGCUCCAAAGUGUAAUAGCUGUUCUCAUGGUGACUGUGUCGCUCCGAAUAACUGUUCCUGUCACAGCGGUUACGUUAAAAUCAAAGGUGUUUGUAAGCCAAAGUGUUUCGAAUGUGUCAAUGGAUUCUGCACUGCGCCUGGUGUAUGUACUUGCAAGAAUGGCUACGUGAAAAGUGACAGCAGUGCGAAUAUCUGUGUUGUGCCUUGUGAUAGUAAGUGUAAAGGAUAUUGCGAGGACGGUGGAUGCGUUAAAUGGAACUGCUCUUCGACGCCGAUAAGGUGA